CUUUCCGAAGGAGGCGCCGAUUCUUCUCGUUCAGCCACUGCUCAAGGUCUGACGAGCAUCACCUACCAGACAAGGUCUACCUCUUCCUCACUUGCACACAGGCCGCCCAUUGCGCUUCGUCACCCUUUCUCAACUCACCAUCGCCGCAAAAUAACGUCUUAUCUAUUAGCGUCUGGCAGAACACUUGCGGCCUUUUCCCUCCCCAGCCUCCGCCAUGGCCAUGGCCGCCUCUGCAAUCAACUCUGCGGAGCAUCAAGGAGCAGCAAAUGGCCAACAUGACGCUGUCUAUGUACCGCCGCCACAGCUGCAGUCACUCGUCGCUCUCGCAGAUACAAUUGCUUCGCAGCCAGAGAGAUUUGCACUGUCCAAGGGCGAUAGCAAGGUGACUAAUGACAGUCUACAAGCUCUCAAGGACGUCUUUGCAGAUGCUCUCGCCUCCGAAGGAGACUCUCUACAACACAUCGGAGACUUUCUCCACGCCACGCUCGAGGCUCCCACCCCACCCACUCGCUCUGCAAAGUCAAAGAAGCGCAAGAGGCAAGCACAACGCUUUGCACCUCAUCAUUCCUUGUUCCCUCCCACACCACUCUCUGGUCUGGUCGUAGAUGGAAUGGAGGAAGCGCAGAUCUGGGAGCAGCUCGAAUUCCGAGGAAGAGCAAUCGAGAAUGUCCUCUCGAAGAUUCUCAUCCCUACUGGCGCAGAUGCUAGCGAAGUGCCUGAGGAUGAGGUGGAGCUCAAGGCAAACAGCGAUGAGGAGGAGGAAGAAGGAGACGAGGCAGACCCAGAUGAGGAGCAAAUGAUCCGCCACAUCAGCGCCUUGUCAGACGCAGAGCUCCGAGCCGUGGGCAUCGAUCCUGCUCUUCGGGACCAGCUUCUGGCAGGGGAUGACGACUUCCAACCAGACGACGACGAGCAAGACGAUGACAUCGAAGAUGAGCAUGCUGACGGCUACCCGGGCGCUUCAGAUUAUUCCUCGGAUGAGGAGGAAGAGGGGUAUGAGCCAGGAGCCUCCAAGAGGGUGUACGUCGAGCCUCUGAAGACCGAAAAGGAGCAACGGCGGAAGAAGGAGCUGGAUGAGAUGCAAGCUAUGGGAGGGCGCGGUGCUUAUGUCCAUGAAGAGGACGAAUAUGAGGAUGAUGAGGAUGAAGAUGAUGAGGAUGAGGAUGAGUCCGAAGAGGAGGAAGAGGAAGAAGCUCAACCGCCCUCGAAGAGAUCCAAGUCACUGCUGGAUUCUCUCGACGAGGCUGGAACUACAGCCGGUCCCUCUCGCCGCAAAGGGCCUCGUCAUCCUACACUAGACGACGAGUUCUUUUCGAUAGACGACUUCAACCGUCAAACAGAAGAGGACGAGCGCCGCGAGAUCUUCAAGGAAGCAGGAGAAGGAGGAGACUCUGACGACGAAGAGCUGGAUCUCUUCCAGGCAGUGGAGGGCGAACACAAUGGCAUGGACCUCGACGAGGAAGAGGAGGAGGAGGAGGAUCUUGAUGCCAACGACCCUACGAAUAUCAGGUUCGCCGACUUUUUCCUCCCUCCUGCUUCGGCUCCCAAGAGCGGCGGUAGAGGCUCGGCGGAUAGGAGAGCAAAGGGCAAGGGCAAGGGCUCCAGGGUCGGAGAGGGAGCUAAGCUAGCCAAGCAGGAGCGCGAUCGACUCCUCUCCGACGCCGGAGAGGAGGAGGAGGAGGCAGACGAAGAAGAGACAUCGCAAGGAUCUGCCGGCGGCGAAGACGAAGAGGGCUUUUCUAGCAGUGAAAGCGAAGAAGAAGGGCCUGCCCGGCCGAACACAAGAGUGAAGUUCGCCCCUACGGUGGCCAUUCGCAAGAUCAAGAGUCGGCGCAAUAGAUACGACGACAUGAGCCAGCUGCAGAUGCUGCAGGCCAUGUCCGCUCAGUCAGCAGAGGGCGAGGACGAGGACGAAGACGAAGACGAAGGUGGCGAGGAAGAUGAGGAUGAAGAAGAGGAAGGCACUGAAGACGAAGAGGAGGAGGAGGAGGAAGAUGACCAUGACGAGGAGAUGGACGAGUCCGAUGCACCAUCCGAGAGCGCGGCAGGCGAAAGUGCCUUGGACGAGGACUUGGAAGACGAGACUGCCCGUCGCUUCGCCGGUGAUCUCUUCGAAGACGGCGAUGAAGACGAGGAGGAAGCACAAGGCAGCAAGCUCUCCGCUCACGAGAAGCGUCUGGCCAACCUCCAAAAGGAGAUCGCCCGUCUAGAAUCUGAGAAUGUGGGAGCCAAAGACUGGACUCUGGCCGGAGAGGCAUCCUCUCGAGCUAGACCGAAGGACUCGCUCCUCGAGGAAAAUCUCGACUUUGAGCAAUCUGCCAAGGCUACUCCCACGAUUACCAUCGAGAGUACCGAAUCGCUCGAAGCUCUGAUCAAGCGGAGGAUCCUUGAGAAUCAAUUUGACGACGUUGUGCCCCGUCGUGCCAUUGCCCAAGCAGAGUACAAGGCCGACUAUGAGCUGUCGGACAAGAAGUCUGGCAAAUCCCUCGCGGAAGAAUACGAGAACGAUUUCCAACUUGCAAAUUCCAAUGCAGGUGGGGACGCUCCGGAGUUCAAGGGAGAAAGUCAAAUUCGCCUGGAGAAGGACCGAGCAGAGGUCGAGGACCUAAUGGACGACAUCUUCAACCGUCUCGACGCGCUCUCCAAUGCCCACUUUAUCCCCAAGGCUCCCAAGAUGCGAAUCACCACGUUGAGCAACACCCCUACUCUCAAUGUGCAAGAAGGGUUACCCACCAGUACCAGCUCCCUCGAAACGAGUCAAUUGGCACCACAAGAAGUCUUCAACCUCUCUUCAGGAAGCAAUGCUUCUGUUCUUCAAGGUGACAAGAGUGAACUCACACCUGCUGAGAAACAAGGCCUGUUUAAACGCAAGAAGCAAGAAUUGAAAAAGGUUCAGGCUGAAAGAGAGGUGCAGAGGCAGGAGAAGAGGAUGAAUGACUUGGCGAGUGGGAAAGUUCAACCGGGUAGUAGUGGUGAGACUCGUAGAGAGAAGCAGGACGCCCUCAAGAGUCUCAUUGGUAAUAAAGGGGUUAGUGUGGUUGGAAAGGGAGAUCCAAAGGGACAAGGAAAGGGAAAGGGAAAGGGGAAGGGACAGGAGAGGACGCUGGAGGAAGGGGAUAAAAAGGGAGAGAAGUUUAAAUCGUAGAGAAAGCGGGAUGUGGCCUCUCUUUAACAUCAUCACAAUCGUUACUAUCCAAUCAACAUCAAUCGUCAUCGCAG